AUGAUGGAAAUGUUAAGUGUUUGUGUGAUUAUUGGAAGUGUUUUAGGGGUUUACUUUUUUGUGAGGAAACUAAAUGAAGUAUGGUAUUUGGUUAAGUUAGGAAGAAGAGUUUACAAAUCACUUCCUUCUGGUGAUUUGGGAUGGCCACUUAUUGGAUCUUCAUUCUCCUUUUACAAAGCAUUUAAGGCUGGUGGUGAUCCAGAUUCUUUCAUUCAUCAUCUUAUUUCAAGAAAUGGAAGAGUUGGAAUGUACAAAAGCCACCUCUAUGGAAGGCCGACCAUCAUCGUAACAGAUCCAGAAAUAUGUCGACGGAUAUACUUAGACGACCAAAAGUUCAAACCAAAUUAUCCAAAAUCAGUGAAAUUAUUAGAAGUAAAUGGUCUUUUCUCAAGGAUUGAUCACAAAACAUUCUAUAGAAUAAUGGCAUCCCCCUUAAAUGGGUAUGAGAUAUUAUCUAAAUAUGUGAGUUUCAUUGAGGAAAUAAUGAGCAAAGGGUUAGAGGAAUGGAGCACAAUGAAAGAACCCAUUGAAUUGUUGAGUGAAAUUGGAAGUCUGCUUUUUAAAGUCAUUAUUCGUAUCUUCUUAGGCAAUGAAAUUCCUACCCCUACAUUGAAUAAGCUUGAAGCACUAUACAAACACUUGGGUCCAGUAAUUUUGUCCAUUUUACCUUAUGAUGUCCCUGGCCUAACCUACCAUCAUGCACUCAAGGCAAGAAAAGAGAUAGAAAAUAUCUUGGAAGGUGUGAUUAUGGAAAAAAGAAGAGUUCUAGAAAGGAAAGAAACAAAUGAUGAAUUAGUGAAAUGCCAAAUGGACAAAUUAAUUGUGGCAACUGAUGAAAAUGGGAAAAAACUAUAUGACAAUAAAGCCAUUAUAGAUUUGCUUCUUGGAUUACUACAUGCUGGACAUCAUACACCAGCUUAUACUGCUAUGUGGGCUAUUGUGCAAAUCUCACAAAAUUCUCAUAUCUUCCAAAAAGCUAAGGAAGAGCAAGAGCUUAUUAUGAAAGAAAGACCAUCUACUCAAAAGGGAUUAAGUUUUACAGAAAUCAAACAAAUGAAAUAUCUUAUGAAGUUCACUAAUGAGCUACUAAGAAGACAUACAGUUGCUGUUGCAAGUUUUCGUGAGGCAACAGCAAAUGUACACAUCAAUGACUACACCAUACCUAAAGGGUGGACAGUAACGAUUUGGACAAGAGCUAUUCAUAUGGACCCUCAAAUAUAUUCAAAUCCCCAAGAAUUCGAUCCAUCAAGAUGGGAUAAUUAUACACCAAAGCCAGGAGAAUUCCUCCCUUUUGGAAUUGGAAGUAGGUUUUGUCCUGGAAGUGAACUUACCAAGCUUUACAUCACAAUUUUACUCCAUCAAUUUAUCCUCAAUUACAAAAUGGAAAGAGUUAAUCAAAGAUGUGACACCACUCACUUACCUGCCCCCAAGCUAGUAGACAACUGCCUUUGCAGAAUUAUCAAACUCUCAUAUUGAGGAGUUGGGUAUUGAUCGUACAUAUAUACUUUCGAAAUGUUAAUUUAAUCUUAGACUUUUCGAUUUUAUAAUUUAAAAGCAACUAUUUUAGUCAUUUAUGUGGUAAUGAAAAGGUUCAUUUGUCUUUUUUUAUUGAGUUCAAUAAGUGGAUGAAAUAUUUCACAUGAAAUGAAGAGACAAAUAUUUGGAUGUAUGUGUGUACUGACUCUAAUAAAUAUAAUUGAUAUUGAA